AUGUGGACAAAUGUUAAGAACUAUUUAAAUUAUGUAAAUUUAAAUUAUAAACCUCUUGAUAUAACUAAAUAUUUUUGGACAUUAAAAUUGUAUAAUGAGAAAUGUCUUGAUUUAGUAAUAUGUAACGAGCAUAAUGAGGACGUUACAUAUGAAGCAUAUAUAAUGGAUGAUGAAAUAAUUACACAGUACAAGGAUUUUGAUGCAUAUAAAGCAUCAAGUGAACCAAAAAAAAGAUAA